UACCCUUGCCAUACGAACUGCCGCGACUCCAGGAUCCUGCAGGGUAAAUUCACCGUGUUUGGAGAUACUGAUACCGUGGCUGUUCUUCCAGUAAUAGCAACAGAAGAAAGGUUUCAACUGUCGCUCUGUUCCAUCUCUGCAAUAUAGCCUAUACUACCUGGUGCUGCUAUUACAAGGGAGGGAAACGAAGGCAAGAGGAGACUAGGCUACACACUGCGACGGGAUUUUGGAUUUCGCAACCAUUGACAACCUUUUGCACACCAAGUGUGUUAUUUUGUCUAUGUCCUGUUUGGGAUAUAUUGUGUUCGUAUUAUUUUAUCUAUAGCAUACGAUUUAUUUUUAUUUUUAAAGAGCCUCAUAACUGGUAGUAAUCCAGUAUCUGGGCACUAUUCCCACACCAGAGACCCAUACAGUGAUUAUCACAUAGAACGACACAGGAGCUAUACCUAUCCUGGUUUCACAAUGAGUCAGGGGGAUGUAUCAACUUGCUCAGCGCCUCAGAGAGUAUUCCAAGAGGCGGUGAAGCAAGGCAACACAAAGGAACUUCACUCGUUGCUCCAGAACAUGACAAACUGCGAAUUCAAUGUCAACUCCUUCGGGCCCGAAGGACAGACGGCGUUGCAUCAGUCAGUCAUCGACGGGAAUCUCGAACUUGUAAAACUGCUGGUGAAAUUCGGAGCCGAUAUUCGAUUGGCGAACAGGGAAGGGUGGAGUGCCUUACACAUUGCCGCUUUUGGAGGACACCAAGACAUAGUCCUAUACCUCAUCACUAAGGCAAAGUACUCCUCUGGCGCACGGUGAUCUGCUACACUGCUGUCAGGUAAACACACGGAAAGCCAGGCUUUUGUAAACUUGCGUUUCGAUCUGUACAUAGUUGUUCCAAAUUACAGCCUAAAAACACACAGUAAAUUACCUUUCAUCAAAACCAAAUCCGGGUCUCUCUGACUCGUGAGUCAAACACCACAUGGUUCUUGUAUCUGCUUCAGCAUGAAUCUUGAAAAAAAUAAACGCCAUUUUGGUGGGUUGGUACUAAAGCUUUUUUUUUCUUGAAUGUGUAUAAUAGAUUGGGACAUAAAAAUAACUAAGCCGGUGUUUGGGUCCCGAGGCCAGAUAGCAGCCUAGUUUUACGCGGCGAUGGACGUUCCAUCUUUGUUGCCGCUGUUUCAUUGAAACGCUUCUUUAUUGGGCUUUGUUUUUGAGGUGUCGACCUGUAGCUACGCUGUUCACUUGUUAGGACCCUUUUAAAUUAUUUGAUAUACUAAAAGAUGGCACUUGAUGCUGUGGCUGCAUGCUGGAAUAGCCUAUAUGAAAGGGAAGAAGAGGUGAGCACGGGGAAUGAAUGCCAUCAUCUAUUUGGCUUUUAUAUUUCUUUUUUAAAUUAAAGGAUUUGAUCUAUUUCAAAGUGCGGCAUUAUGAUAUAUCCAAUUUGCUUUUCCAGAUGUGUAUUCAUUGUAACAGCAAUGUACCUAAUGUUGUUAAGUACUGUACACAAUAGCUUUACUUUGUUUCUUUAUAUAUAUAUAUAAAAAAAAGUAGCUAAAUGCGCUCUGCCUUCAUCAAACAGGCUGCUUGGCUGGCAUCAACGUAUUUUCAGGCCAGUGCGACCAGUGUCAAUGGUUAAUGUACUAUUAAACCGCUGCUUUCGCUUUGUAUCAAAACGUCAGGAAAGUCGCAUUUGGAAUUCACUUUAUCUCCUUUCAGUAUUUUAACGAACAACACCCUGGUCAUCACUGUGAAUGCAGGCUGGGUUCUAUUUAUGAAGGUACAUUGAGAAGAUGCAUUUUGAAUAUGUUGUGGUUCUUUUUUUUUCUCCUCUCUCUCAAAUCAAAUCUAUUACGUUUUAAAAUAUUUAGGGUGACCUAUAAAGCUGCUUCGGACUCUCAUAUCGUAGUAUAAACUGUCCCGUGUGGAGAUCCCAUCAUGUCCCAAUUAGCCUAAAUUUGUCUGCGCUGGAGAGACUAUUCUUUUCUCUGAUGAACUUCACGUUUGGUUUUCUUUACCAGCUACCUCGACUGUAAAGUAUUCAAAAUCAUUGGACUCUUGCUCACUCCACAACACUCCAAUAUAGGAAGUCACUCAAAGAUUCCUGUAGCCUAUCCCCAACCUUGUCUAGGCCAACAUAAUGAGCAUACUCACACAGACAUUCAAGUAACAGAUACUUUGGCAGUAAGGCCCCAAGGCAAUGUUAUUCAAACCACAGAUUUAGGCUAGGGGACAACUAUGGUAUUUGUUCUGCAAAGCAAUAGUUACUAUUUACAGUUACUACUACCAAAUGGUAAUGUGACAAGCAAAGGGGUUUGCCUUUCUGUAAAGGUAUGGUUGCAAACACACAUUGCAAAUGUUUUUUUUUUUUUUAAAUCGGUGAACGGAUUAUAUCGUCAUCCUUUUUAAAGUUUCUAUUUAGUCACAAAAUUGGAAUUUUAUUUCAUAACUUAUAAAUACAGGGAGUUUUAUUGCACAAAAUGCGGAGCUUUUUAACCCCCCCCCCCCCCCCCCCCCUGGUGCUUGUCCGGGUAACUGCAGGAGCUGAGGCUUAGAAUUAGUUACUACUGAGCAGGAGUGUAAACCUAUUAUUAAUCAACAUGACUAUUGCAGGAUAUCAAAAACAAUUGGUUUAAAAAAACUGCCUGCUACAUUUUGAAAGUCAUGUCACCCUAAUAUUUGUUUCUAUGCUGCUUGUAUGUUACUUUUUAAUUUGUGUUUAUUUUUUAUUUUACUCAAUGGCCAACAGUGAGUGAAAGAUAUAUAAAACCCGAUAGCAUCACAGUCAUUUAAUGAGAAGCCUUGUGUGAGAGUGUACACAUGCGCAUGUAUGCAUGUGCACGUGUUCAUGUGUGUGAGUCUGUGUGUGUGUGUGUGUUGCAUACAUCUGACGGUUGUGUCCUGAGCGAGCUGAGCUGUCCCCCUGCCCAGGCCUGUGUCACGUGUGAGGCCUGCUCCUCUCCUCCUGUGUGUGGCAUUGUGUUGCGACCUUGGUCUGCUCUGCCUACCAUGAGUAGAGGGACAUCAGGGAAUAAGGACUGUCCUUCCAUAUACCUGGAUAAACAAACUAGAGCAAUAGAAAGAAACAUCAAGGGAUAGAUUGGUAUUAGCGGAACAAAAAAAUAUGCAUCGCUGGUCUUAAACUUGAUCGUUUUUUUUUAUAUAUAUAUAUUUGUUUAAUAUUGCACUGAUGACUGUCGUUGAUUUGGCUUUUUAUCAAGUCAACAUUUCAUUUUUUUUCUGAAUAGAAAAAAAGGAACACAACAAAAUACUAUUGUAUAAAAAAGGCUCCAGGUUGUAAUGUCUUUUGUUUGUUAACUUUGUGAAAUAUUGUUUUUGCAAAGGUUGUUUCUGUGUAUCUCUGUGAUCGGGUAUAUAUAUAUAUAUAUAUAUAUAUGUAUGUAUAUAUACACUGAAAAAAUAUCUUGGUGCACUUUCUUUUUUGAAGUGCUGCCUCCUCCUGUUGUUAUGAAAGUGGUAAAAUACAUUUGAUGGUAAGAUCAUUGUUACAUAAAGAAAUUGCACGGUGUAUAGAUGCUCUACUCAACAGUGUCAUAACAUUUAUGGCCCAAGAGUGGAUGCCUGGAUAGGUGUAAAUGAAUGAGGUAAAGUGCUGACAUAUUUUUUCGGGGGGGGGGGGGGGGGGGGGGCAUGUUCUGUUUUUGUUUAGCUUUUUUUCCCGAGCGACACAAAAACAAAUGUCGUGAGUUUCUUGAGUGAUGCAGUUGCUCCAUCGUGUUUGAUUUUGAGUGUGAUUACAUUUUUUUUUUGUAUUUGUUUGUGUUUUCUUUUUGAACAUUUGCAACACUGUGAUCAUGAUGAUGUGUGGUGAGGAAAUGAGUGCUGUAAUAUUUUUGUACGUUUGUGUACAAGCCAGUAAAGAAAUCAUUAAACUCUC